AUCUGUACGGCUUUCCCACUCCUAUUGCUGAUAUCACAUAUCACGUAGCGGUCUUAUAUGAAACUUGACUUAUAACUCUGGACAAAAUAUAGCUAUUUCUAACAGUAAGCGCAUUUGGCAAUUCAUAAAAUAUUUAACAAAUUUAGUUUGAGGUUGAGUAAUAACCUAAAUACAAAAAAUCUGCGGUGUUAUCGUUCGCACGGAGGUAUUGUUCCAUAGGCUUACUUUUUUUAUUAUUAUUGACAAAGUGAAAAAUGUGUGAUAAUUAUUUGUAAAGUUCUGAGGUAAAACGCUGAACUGAUUUCUCCAGUUAUGGCAUUAAGUGAUAAGGUAGCUCUUGUAACUGGUGCCGGGCAAGGUUUAGGGAAAGGCUUUUCUGACAUUCUUCUGAAAAAUGGAGCAAAGGUGGCACUGUUGGAUAUAAAUGAAACGGUUGGGAAAAGCGCCAAAGCGGAUUUUGAUAAAGAGUACGGAGAAGACCGUACCAUUUUCUUGAAAUGCGAUGUGACCUCAGACGAACAACUCAAAGAUGCAUUCCAAAAAACCAUCGAAAGGUUUGCCCGAAUCGACAUAAUGAGCAACAACGCAGGGAUCGUGGACGAGACUAAUUGGGAGAGAACGGUGGCAGUAAAUCUGAAUGCAGUCAUUCGGGGCACCUAUCUGGCACUUCAGCACAUGAAGAAGGACACUGGAGGAGAAGGAGGGGUCAUAGUCAAUACAGCUUCCACUGCAGGCCUGGGUCCCGUCUUAAUCUUGCCUGUAUACGCGGCUACCAAACAUGCAGUAGUUGGGUUCAGCCGGUCUGUGGCAGAUGCCUCGAUGAUGAGUGGGUAUGGCGUGAGGAUCAACACCCUCUGUCCCACUUUUGUCAAAACUCCCCUCCUCGAAUUCAUGUCCAAUGCGGGAACAGCGCAUGUCCACCUCUUCCACCUAGUCCAGGACAUUCAAGCGCGAAUAGGGAUAAUCGAGGUACCAGCGGUGGCUGAGGGGUUCCUGCAGCUGGUGACUGAUGAGGACAAGAACGGGGCAGUGAUGGUGGUGAAAGAGGAAGGCUGCAGCUACGUGGAUUUUCCAAAGGAAUUCAUGCUUGAUCUAAAGGCCCAUAUUCCCUGUACUGAGCCUAAGCCCCCUUCCCAGUAAAUGGUAGUUAUAGUUUAAUGAUAAUGUGACAUGUUCUCACAUUCUGAGCACUUUGUUUUUCAGUGUUGAUUGGCAAAGAAACAUAUGAUGUGAAACUCCACCUAUAACUAUUCAUGCAUUUAGCAGGAAUGUGCAUGGCAAAGAAGUUUGUUAUGUUCCUCUUAAGAGUCUGUCUAACGAGUGUGUUCGGGAAACCCAUGUAAUGAGAUGAUUAAGAACCUAACAUACUUGUUUAUCCGAAGAGCCAACGUUAUCGGGAAACCCACCCCUAAAGAGUUAACUGAAGGGAAGGCUAUCUUCAUUUAACUCUUCAGUUACUCUUGAGAAUCCUCCUCACCUCACUCUCAGGAAACUUCACCCUGAUUGUUCUUCUGAGAUUUGAAAUGUUUUCUACAUAUGGUGCCAGAAAAUGGACAUUAAACUCCUGAUGUCUCUUUCCAGAUAAAAUUCCACAGUUACAAAUUCCCACAGACCUGCAUGUUUUAAAUAUCCCAUGACACUCUUCACAAAGAGUAGGGUGUUCCCGAGUGUCCUGCCUAAAUUCUCAAACUGCCUGUUUCAACUUGCCACCUAAUCAUCCCUUGAUUUAAGUGGUGAGAAUCUUUCUCUCUGAGCGUUCUGGUGCAAAAUGGCUGCCAUUGCAUCACAGAGGUGGGUGUGACACAUUGGUGGUGGUUGAGGUGAGUUUUCCCCUCAUCACUCUUAAAGCACUAGAAAAGUACUAUAAAAAUGCAAUGAUCUAUCUGUCUAUACUGAAGUACGGCAACUGUAUAUCUACAUAUAUUAUCAACCAGAGCCAUGCCAUUAUUCUGGGGUGCAGUACCAACAUUGUUUUAAUACAUUGUAAAUGAUUGAACUGCUGUUGCUGCCUGAGCCCCGCAAUGUCACCAACGGUGAUUGGCUGCCAUACAAGGCCCCAACCAGCUCAUCAGGAACAUUUGGGGGUUAGGUGUCUUGCUCAUUGCAUUGUAGAACAUCAAAGAACAUUUUUUUGCCUCAUGAAGAUCAACCUGGCUAAGAGGAUGUUCAUAUUGUAGCUCCUGCAAUGUGAAUGGUGUCUAUUUUUUAAAACCAUAUUCUAAUAAUUUUUGUUCACAAAUUAUUCUGCUGUCUGUAUGUAUUUUGCAUCUUUUUAUGCAUGUGGGCACCGGACAUGUUAUUCCUUGAACUGACUGCAUGUUUAUAAGAAAUGCAUGGAUUCACAAAACUAUGCAAGUACAAUGUUCUUAUAUAGGUCCAACUUUCUCGUUAAUUAAAUAAUUUUCAUCUG